AUGGCCGUUACCCGGAUGAGGAGUGGGUCCACUGCGUCAACUUCAUCCUCCAUCUCUGUUGACUCCCCUGGUCCAUCAUCUUCCUCUGCUUCCUCAUCCUCACUCAACCUGCCUGAUUCCGAAAAGUCAUCCCGCACCCUCCACUACCCUUUGGCAAGCCCGUCAGAUGAGACUGUUCGCGUCUCCCCUUCUCCGGAAUUCGUUCUUGCAUUACAUGACUUUCAUCCUCAGCACCAGAAUGCGACCUGUCUGUCGUUUCGAGCUGGCCAGGUUAUCCAUGUCCUAAAUCGGGAUUCGAGUGGAUGGUGGGAUGGUGAGAUUAAUGGUCAAAGAGGAUGGUUCCCCUCCAAUUACGUCAGUGCUGAUGAAAGAGUAAUCUCACUGGCGGAGGAAGUCCUUCCUCAAUCACCUGGAUCUCGCCACGGGCAUACUAUGUCCGCCGUAUCGGCAGCUUCUUGGGCCAGUGCCCCCUCACGUGGUUCGCGAAAGGACCACAGACCAUUGGUCACUGAAGCUCUUGGAUCGGACAUAACAUCAUACUGUCCUCCUCUCAUGGUCAAUCUUUUGCACAGUUUAUCUCUCCUCCAGAGUGCAGUUCGUUCCAACCGCAUCGCCCAUUUUCAGCCUUCCACUGCCUGUAUCAUAUCCUGUGUGCGAUUCAUUCUGUCUUCGACAGAGUGUUUACCUAGGGAGGCACCGUUAUUAAAGCGCUUCCCCACCCUCGCUCAGGAGCGGAAACAGAUUCUAUCCGUCCUGGCAUCCCUGGUGUCACAAGCUAAAAAGGCAUCGGAUGAGACGCAAGAUGAAGAUUUACGGGAAACAGAAAUUGAAGGAAUGUUGAAAUUAGGUGGUCAAGUCUUUUCACAAGUCCGGCGUUUUCUUGCUGUCGCUGUCCAAUGUGGCAUCGACUUGCCGGAAAGGCGUCAGCAGGUUACUUCAAAUGAAGCCAUCGUUAAUGCGCCUGGCCUACAGGAACAAACGAGCCCUGCAGGACCUGAAGACAUAGUCCUAGUAUCACCCGAUCCUGUCGUCCCUUCUUCUGCAUAUCGGGAUUCUGAUUCUUCCGUUUCUCCCCUCCUUCCCCACAGAACGAUACUAUCCCGGUCGAAGAAGGAUCAAUAUCUCGUCUACGAGCGUGUCGCUGGCAAGCAUAAAGCAGACAUGCCAUCCAUCAGCAGCAUUUCGUCAUUCUCGUCGGUUUCGUCUGCGGAGUCGCCGAAACCACCGACAAUGCCCCCUUUCCCAUCAGGACCCUCGACAUCUUCGGAGGUGAUGGAGGCCUUGAAGUUUACUCAUGAUCAGUAUUUAUCCACUAUUGCCGCCUUUAUCGGCCAUGCACACUCUCAUUCACGCUCAUCACACGCUUCUAGCACGGGUCAGAUGUAUGAUCUCGUGCGAGAAGUAGUAGAGAUGGUGUGCAAGUUGCUCACUAUCGUCGAAGCUGUCAUGCGGCAUCCCGAGAUCCCACUUCACAAGAUUGGGAACUUAAAGUCCGCAAAAGAGAGGCUCUACACCGUCACUAGCUCCCUUGCCGAAUCCGUGCGAUUACUUACGGUGCCCCUUCCUCCCGACCUUACAGAGGAAUCCGAAAAGGCAUCCUUGAUACGAUCCGCUACAGCAGCAUGGCUUCAGGGAGAGAGGCAGUUUAUCAUCCAAAUACCUACAACGUCCGAUUCAGACCCUGCGCCAUUCACUCCAAGCAAAUUUUCUCGUAGGACUGGUCACACCCCGUCCGUCAGCUUGUCGACGCAUCAAAGCUUGUAUCACAAUGACACCGACGAAGAUGAUCUCACCGUGCAGGCUCUGACGCCGGCUUCUCCUACCCCCAAUGCUACUAUCGUCCGAGACAGAUCUUUCGACACGUCCAAUAUCACGGCAACUUCUGAUUCAUCAGGCGGUUCGCAUGACACUCAACCGACAACGCCAGAAGGCGGCUUAUUAUCUAUGAGCGAUCCCGACUUGAUGACAUCAAUGGAACCUGUAUCAUCGCCUUCACCGGCAGUUGAUGAUGGGCACACGGACGAACAACAAGAUCGCCAGACCACGGGCACAUUUGAGGAGCGGUUGAUAACCAACGAGCUUCCUGUCACACUACAAGUCAAGCGUGAUCCUCUUGGUCAUGACUACUCUACAAACGAUGUCGUCUACAAUAAUGAAGGUCACCUCGUAGCAGCGACAAUGGGGGCCCUGUUCGAGAGGAUGACACCCCAUGACAGCAUUGUAGACCCUGCGUUCUCAGCGGUCUUCUUCCUUACCUUCCGCCUCUUCUCCACUCCACUUGCACUCGUAGAAGCACUCAUCAACCGCUAUAAUAUUAUGCCUCCGUCCAAUCUCCCAGAGGACGAAAUGUUGAUUUGGCAAGCAGCACAAGGGCAUUCCAAUCCGCUUGCGCAGAUGUACUGGCGGCCUGGGGUUGACGACAUCGCUCUCUCGCACCUUUCAUCGUUCACGAAAGAUGCGCUCCUACAUUACUUCCCUGCGCCCUCCCAGCGUAUUCUCGAUUUAAUUUCCAUGCGGCAAGACUCCAAUACCAGUCUUGUGAGCCCCAAGAGUGAACGUGUCCGCGAUCCUGGCAUGUCAAUCAAUCCUCCGUCAUAUACAUUGUCCGAGGUUCCACGACCAACGAUGACGAAGGCAUUGCUAGCCACGCUGCGUGGAAAGAAUUUUGACACUGUUGCCAUCACUGAUUUUGAUGCUCUAGAGUUGGCGAGACAGCUGACGAUCAUGGAGUGCGACUUGUACUGUGCGAUCCAGCCCGAGGAGGUUCUUGAGACCGGACAGGAGGGUACAAAACCGCCUGUCAACGUCAGAGCUGUUUCCUCCCUAAGCACAGUCAUCACGGGAUGGGUGGCCGAGAACAUCUUGAACGAGCACGAUAUCAAGAAACGGACGUUACUCGUGAAAUUCUUCAUCAAGGUUGCCGAUCGAUGUACUUCAUUGCACAACUUCAGUACUCCUAGGUCCAUCCUAGCGGCCCUCGACUCUUCUACGAUAUCUCGGCUUCAUCAGACUUGGCUAGGUGUUUCACAUAAAAGUAAAAUGCAGUUGGAGUCUUUGCGUCGAUUGGCAGAUCACGGGCGGAACUACCAUCAAUACCGAAGCAGGCUUCGCAACAUCGCACCUCCAGCAGUUCCAUUCUUAGGCCUUUACUUGACCGAUGUGACUUUCUGUCGCGAGGGAAACCCGUCAUACCGCGAGUCCCCUAGUGCACCAGGGAAGAAACUCCUUAAUUUCAACAAGUACCACAAGCUAGCUCGAAUUGUUCAAGACAUGCAACGUUUUCAAGUGCCAUAUAAUCUUAAGAAAAUUCCUGAAGUGCAGGAAUACCUGCAGAUGGCAUUUGAGAACUCUAAGCACCACGGCGACCUUCAGGAUCUUUAUAGACGAAGCCUGCUUGUUGAGCCGAAGCAGCCUGCCGACACACCCCCUCCUAGCGAUAUGCGGCAAUUGUUCAACUGGGCAACACGUUCACAGGCACAGCCGCCUACAUCUACCUAA